AGUCUGAUCACCGGUGCCCAUAAACUCGAGAGAGGCCACCACGCGAGAAGAGCCGAAACACACCGUCUGUCCCAUCCUUGCUCCGCUAGCUGGGAACUUGAUGCUCGCUUGAUCCCACGGCGCCGCGCAUGCAGGAGCCCGGACGCCGGCCCGCGCCGCCGUUCGCGGGCGUCGACCUCCGCCGCCCGAAGGGCUACCCGGCGCCGGCGGCGAAGGCGGAGGCGGAGGAGCAGGCUCCGGACCCGUGCCCGCGGUGCGGGUCGCGGGAUACCAAGUUCUGCUACUACAACAACUACAACACGUCGCAGCCGCGCCACUUCUGCAAGUCCUGCCGCCGCUACUGGACCAAGGGCGGCUCCCUCCGCAACGUCCCCGUCGGCGGUGGCACCCGCAAGAGCUCCUCCUCAUCCUCCUCCUCGCCCGCCGCCGCCAAGAACCCGAAGUGGUCCAAGAACUCCAAGCGUCGCCGCGUCGCCCCGGCCCCGGAGCCCGCGCCCGCCAGCACGGACUCCUCCACCGCCGACGUCGCGAACACAGCACUCACGGCCGCGCCGUCGAUGGAAGCCGCAGCAACGGUCGCCGCGGAGGAUCCUGCCGCGCCUCCGGCGGCGGGCGGCGGUUUCACGGACACGCCGGUGGCGCUCGGGCUCGGGCUCACAGAUGUUGGCUGCGGCGGGAAGGAGCUGCCGGACCCUGGCCAGUUCGAGUGGCCGUCGGGCUGCGACCUGGGGCCCUACUGGGGCACCGGCGUGUUUGCCGACGCCGAUCCGGCGCAGUUCCUCAACCUGCCGUGAGCCCGUGAGCGAGUACACCAUGGUUAGGAUUCUUCCACCAUCACGAGAUGAUGAACAGAGCAAAGCGUCGAGCUCUGAAGCUGGGCGCUGUAGUUUCCUGAGCCUGAGUGUAGUGAUCUCCAGUCUCUCACUACUGGUCUGCUGAUGCUGAUUUUAGCCGUGCCGCCUUUUUACUUGAAUCCAAAGGCUAACUUGGGCUGUGCUCUGUACAAAUCCGUGCUUGUCUCGAGCUGAUCAUGGCACUUGAUGCCCUGAAAACCACAAGAACAGUUGCAGGGAGAACGUAUGUCGUUCUUUUCUUUCCUUGCUGAUACGUUGUUAUGGGCAUUUCUGUAUACCAUUAUACGAUCGAUGGCUAGGAACCUAAGUCCUGUUGGAAGUGUUGGUGCAGGGCAUGCAUAUUCUAAGGCGAAGCAUGUCAUGGCGGUUCUUGGAAACUUAAAACUAGUAUUAUCGUUGGGUUUAGGCGAAAACCAUCUUCGAUCGUGUUCUAGUUCGGUCGCCAGUUAUCAUCACAUAUAAUAACCACAGAGACUAAUCGCCAAGUCCCAUAGCAGCGACGGCGAGAAGUCGUGUCGUGCAUCUGGCCGAGGUCAUGCGACAAGAUGAGAAUGAUUUGAUUCGGUGGUAGGCUCGCUCAAGGCUGGCUCGCGUACGUAGUACAAGCCCGAAUGAUGCAGCUAGCAGCCGGGCGAGUACAGACUACACGAUCGUGUACGUCAAGUGAUUAGCAGUUCUGUUUGGCACCAGGCGCGAAUACAGGGGGCUUUAGCCCUCUACCGUUUCUAUGUCAAUGCAGUCUCUUCGAGUCCUGCAGCAAUUUUUUAUUAUUGUUGAAAAAGAAAAAGAAGAAAAGAGAUACGAAGAAAAAGGAGAAAGAGAA